GUUCACGUCAUACCAACAUUUGUAGGCACUCUUUCGUAAGUCGUGCGAUAAAAGCAUUCAGCAGACUUUAAGUGGUACGAAAUUUUAUUGAUUUUCUAUCCAAUUAGCCCCUUAUAAUUUCUAUAUCGUCUUAGUUAGUGAUUAACACCUCUAUUAUUCUGUAUAACAGCUAAUUUCAAUCGUCGUAAGGGUUUAAACACAUAGCUGUCACCCUUAUUAUGUUUCCGAUGCAACUAAUAAGCCUUGUUAAUUAUUCAAUUGAUAAUCACUUUCUAAGUUGCGAUAUAAUUGCGCUGAACUAUAAAUUUUACAUUGUUCGCAUGUGCUUCGUUGAAAACGGUCAAAAUUUUACCAGUUAAAAUGGCUAACUUUCGUGAUCGGUUCCAUAAUUUAAGAGAUCGUUUAAAACAAAAUUCAUGCGUGAAUUUGGUUUGGCUUAUUAACUUUUUGCCGAGACUUGCUGGUUUUCCUUUGUUGAGUCAAAAGUUUAAAUUUUUGUUCUGGAUAGUCCACAUAAGCCUUUUGUUCUACGUAUAUCUCUUGGGCACAGCAGUGUACCAGUCGUACUUUGCCGAGGACUUUGUAGACUCAAUUAACAGCUUCUUCAAUAUUUCGGUAUUUAUCCUUAUCGGUAAUGACAGCUGGUGGUUGAUCAGUAAAAGAAAUGAUUUAAACGACCUUUUGAAAAUGGUGAGGAAGAAUGAUGACCUGAUUAUUGAGUCGGGAAGGUUUCUGGAUGUGCACCAGAAGCUACUGAGGAGCAUUAAAAUCAUUGUGAUCAUGUGUUACGUGUUCCAUUUUGUGAAUGAUGUUAUGAUUUUCAUACCCAGUAGGACGAUUGGGAUGGAUGAUUUUUCUACGGUGUCUUGUGUUGGUAUGGAGCCAUUGAGCAGCAGCCCAAACCGCCAAGCUUGCAUGGCAGUACUCGCACUUCAAGAGCUAACAGCCAUAGUUGCAGUUUGCAGUUACGACGUGGCUCUACUGUUUUUGUUCUCCCACACCACCGCAGUAUUUCGAAUCCUUUACCAAGACAUGACAGACUUUGCCAACAUUUCAAAAUCUCAUGAAACGUACCACGUCAUAGAAGAUCGUCUGAAGAACAUUGUGUUUCGACACGUCCUAGCUUUGCAUACAGUUAGGAAAUUGGAAGACAUAUACAGCGUAGCUAUAGGCAUUGGCUUCGGUUUGGACGCUAUUUCUAUGUGUUUGUUCUUCGUGUUACCUCUAGACGUCUGUCUCAACUUCGCUCCGCUGAUUUACCACAGUCUUUUCAUAUUUUUCUUGUAUUGUUUUCAAGGCCAGAGACUUACAACAGCGUCGGAAAAGUUUGAAAUGGCAGUGUACUGUUGCGGUUGGGAGAAUUUGCGUGUGAAAGAACGUAGACAAGUGCUUUUGAUGUUGAAACAGGCUCAGAAACCGGUCAUAGUGUACGCUGCUAGAGUGAUUCCGAUACGUAUCCACACUUUCGCGAGCACUAUGCAGUCUAUUUACAAGUUUGUCACUAUAUUUAAAGUGUAA